AGCACCACUGACAUUUUUCCUUAUCAAUGACUUAGCCAGACCCUGAUCCUGGCCUGAAGAAGGGAGCCGGAUUGUCCAAGUCUAAGGUCCCUCAGGUCCAUAAGCAGAGCAGUUCGGCAUCAAGCUUUCUCCUGAGGACGCUGAGAUGGAAACAACAGAAGAGCCAACCUCGGGUCUCGGGCAGACCCUGGAGUGGCUGAGAAAGGAGCUGGCUGAGAUGCAGGACCAAGACCAGAGACUCCUGCUUACACUGAGGCACCUUCGCAGCGUCCUGGAGGAGCUCCGCGCAGAGAGUGUCCACUGGGAGGAUGCCAGGUCGAGUGGCGGGACCUCCCCCAUCAGAGCUCGAGCAGGCUCUGAAGGCAGGGGUCGCCAACCCUUCCCCUCCAGGGGCCUGGCCCACCUCCUUCAAGGGGUAGACAGCAGACGAAGUUCCCUCCCUUAACAGGCCGGAGAUGACCUUGACUUUAAACCUCCCCCGACCAGUCUAAACUUUGACUGUGAUGCUGUUGAAAGAGAGCACUGGACUGGGAGUCGGGAAGUCCGGGCUCUGGAUUUACCCCUGCCCUCAUUCACUCGAUGUCCCUGGAACUGUCACUCAGCUUCUCUAUGUCACUCUUUCCUCUGCUGUCACUUAGCAGUAUUUCACAAAUAAGCUAAGAGAUGUGGAUA